CUCUGGUCCUCGCCAAAAAGAGACGCUUCUAAUGUGCGCGCGCAAAUGUAGCUCCAUUUGCUGCGGGCGCGCACACACACACAAAGGGAGUAGGGAGAGAGCAUCAGCUCUGUCUGCUGCACAGUCCUGUCAGCGCAGAUUUCAUUGUCUCCAAGCCUAGAAAGGAGAGUCCCCGGACAGCAGGGAAAACUCCCUCUGAGUGGUUUAAAUUGCGCGUUGGAAGCGGCUGCUUCUCAUAACAUGACGCUCAACUGAGUGCGGGUCUCUACGGCUGCGACACCUGCACUUCUCCGUUGCCCUCUUUUGUUUUGUCUCUCAUCUCUGCAGCUUGCAGCCAUCAGCGCCCAGGAAAAAGGAAGAGGAGGACGUGGCGGAGUAGCAGGAGCGGUAUCGGACACGUUCGUUGUUCUCCCCUGCCUGCUGAGACAUCCCGGGUCAGCCGCUGCGGGUGCGCCUGGAGUGCCCCGUUAACCGGAGCUUUGUGUAGUUUGAACGGGACGUUCUCCUUCUGUCUCAGAGAAUCAGCAGAACAAGGAGACCGAGAUCUUUUGAGAAGGAUUUUUGUUUUCAUUUUUGGAGGAAAGAAGGGACCAGGAGGAGGUCAGGAGAUGCGCCUCCCGGUGCUCCUGUGCGUUGCGGUGAGUCUGUGCGCGGCAGCCAGCCCGGAGGAGAACAGGAGCUGCACCGACCUGCGGCGCUUCUACACCGGCAAAGGGUUCACUCUGGAAGGGGUUCCUCAGACGGAAAUCUCAGGUGAACAGCUCAGGAUGUGUCCUCAGGGUCAAACCUGCUGUACCAGCAGCAUGGAGGAGAGGCUCGCCAACCUGAGUGCCAAAGAGACAGAGGGACAGAUCAGAAAGGCCGGCAGGUCCCUGCAGACGACUUUGAACACUCUCCGAACAAGCUUUCGCUCCUAUUUCACUGACCUGCAUGGCCAUUCUGAGGGCUCCCUGGAACAGGUGUUGACUCCACUCGGGGCCCUUUACUCGCAGAACACUCGCCUGUACACGGAUCUCUAUGCAGACCUCUAUCUGUACUACCAGGGGUCAUCUCUCAGCCUGGAUGAGAGCCUGUCUGAUUUCUGGUCCCGCCUGCUGGAACGACAGUUCAAAAUCUCUGCCAACACAGAUGCCAGUCUAUCAGAGGAUUAUCUUGAAUGUGUUGCUAAGCAACAGGAGACGCUGAGACCCUUUGGGGAUGUCUCACGAGACAUGAAGGCCAAGGUGAUCCGGGCUUAUGUCACAGCGAGGUCAUUUAUCCAGGCGCUGUCAAUCAGCGAAGAAGUCGUCAAUAAGGUUCUUAAUGUCUCUCUGGGUCCAGAGUGCUUGAAGGCUCUGAUGAAGCUGGUUUACUGCCCCCACUGCCAUGGCCUGUCUUCUGUCAAACCCUGCUUCAACUACUGCUCCAACGUCAUGAAGGGUUGUUUGGCCAACCAGGCUGACCUGAGCCCAGAGUGGGACAAUCUGAUAGACACAAUGAUUGAGGUGGUGUCCAGUUUCAGCACAGAGCCCAGUCUGGAUGCGGUUCUCUCCUCCAUCCCGGCUCGAAUCUAUGAGGCCGUGCACUACCUGCAGGAAAACAUGAACACCUUCACAACCAAAGUGUAUCGAACAUGUGGAAGUCUGGAAGAAUCUGGAAGAGGAAGUCCCGGCCUCCACGAACAGAAGACAAAAAGCAGUCAACAAACCGCACUGGAAUAUAGACCAUCGCCGACUGCUGGGCUCAGACUGAAGGCACAGAUGUUGGAUCUCAUCAAACAGCUUAAGGUCAUGCAUCAGUACUGGGUUAAACUCCCUGUGGAACUCUGCAAAAAACUGGCCGCAGGAGAAAGCAAUCAGGACAAAUGUUGGAAUGGAAAUACGAAAGCAAGAUACCUGCCAGAGGUGAUGGGUGACGGUUUAGCCAAUCAAAUCAACAACCCUGAGGUGGAGCUGGACAUCACAAAGCCUGACAUGAAUAUACGGCAGCAGAUCAUGCAGCUCAAAAUCAUGAGCAGCAGGCUUAAAAACGCUCUGGACGGCAACGAUGUGGACUUCCAGGAUGCAAGUGAUGACAUCAGCGGCUCAGGAAGCGGCGUGUGUUCAGGUGGUCUGUGCGCGCUCAGCAGGCCAGGACUGUACACCUUUACACCAGACAGCAAACCAGCCGGUGCCUCUGCGCCUCAAAGGUCCACCGUCAGCCUGCUCCUCCUCCUCCCACCUGUGACUAUCCUGCUGCUUCAGCGAUGAUGGGCCGCUGCCUCCUGUCAGGACUGAGGGGAAAAGACUGGAACAUUACUUUGCCAAAAAUGUAUUUCUAAGAAAGACAUCUCAGCCAACUAAUGGACAUUCGCAUUAAUUAAGACGAGCGACUGCGAGUUUUGAUUAGAAAGAGUUUGCUGAUGGAUUCUUUUGUUCAAACGAUGAGGUUGUCAGGGGAGACGGAGAUGAUGUCCUUUUAGCUGCAGCGGUGCAAUCAGCAGGUGCCCUUAUUUGUAACGUGUUUUGGGGAUGUUUUUCUAUUUUUUUUCUUUACAACUUGAGUCAAAGUUGUAAAUCCAACAAAAAAAUGUGUGUACGCUGUGAAUGUUUGUGUACAUUUAUCUUAAAGACUGGCACAACAUGGAGCCAUGAAUGUACUCAUAACCUUCAAUGUUGUCGUUUGGGAAAUGUUGGCUAAAAAAAAAACAUUUUUUGGGGAUGAUUCAACAUAAAAUGUCAAAAAAUGUAAUGAAGUGUUAAAAAAACUUCCAUGUUCAAAAAGAUACUGAUGAUUUUUUGACAGCUCGCUGUUUUUUUUGGAAGUAGUUACAUAAGAGCCUUCUCAAAACAAGCACACACAAGCAGUGACGGAGAAACUGUGUACACGCCUGCCUGAGAUAAACAUAAAAAAAUAACUGAAAUGUGUCGUCAACACAGAGAUAAAAAGGUCAAGAUGAUGAGUGUUGUGUUCACUGACAAAUCCACGCCAUGGGAUGAACUGAAGGUUAAACCAAAGUUUCUUUGUCAAAAUAGAGGCAUCACAAAACAGACAUGAUCCACUCUGAAAUCUGUUCCGUUUUGUGUACAUAAAAGAUAGCUGCCAAAUUCUGCCCACAUUUACCUGCUGAUGUGUUUCUGAACUGAGCAUGCCUUUCUGGACUCUGUGAUGAUGCAAAUAAAAAACUUUGGAUUUACA